AUGUUAUCUCAACCGAUUCAUUAUUCUUCUAUUCCAUAUUCUCAACCAGAUUAUAAUUCCACCCAAGCUAGUGCUACUGUAGAGAAUGAAAUAUUAAAAUCACUUGUAAUAGAAGAUUUAUGUGAAAAUAUUUUUGAUAUAUCACAAAAUAGCGAAACCGUCGAGAAACAAAAUGAGGAAAUAAGUUCUCAAAAUAAAUCAGUAAAUAAAGGUGAACGUCCAAGAUCUGAUAUUUGGAAUUAUUUUAUUCAUAGAGAAUCUGAUGGUAAAGGCUAUUAUAAUGCAAAUUGUCAAUACUGUAUUAAAGAAAGGUGGAAACGAGGCAGACCUUUAGUUUUGGAAUCACACUUGGCUCUGCAUUGCAAAGGCAAUGUUUCCAAUAAAAUAAGGCAGCAUUGGCUAGUUUAA